AUGCAUUUUGCCAAUCAAAAUACAAUCGUCGAUAAGACUUUAAAAUUUAUUUUAGUGUUGAUAGCAGAAUGUCAGUGUCAACAACUAUUAGAAGCGCAUGUAGAAAUGCUGGGUGUCACAGGGAGUGUGGUGUUCUCUCAAAAUGCUCCGGGUGAAACUAUACAAAUACAAUGGAACCUACAGGGAAUCGAUGAAUUUUCUUGGCAACUCAACGAGCUCUAUUUGAACUAUGAUACAAGUGACAAAUGCUUGACCAGUGAUAUCGGCAAUAGAUUGGGUAACGUAGGUGGAACAGUUUUAUCAGUAUCCGAUUCGACUUCUAUUACUGAUACAAGUAUUUCACUAUCAGGUCCGAAUACAAUAGAAGGAAGAACUAUUCUAAUUAGCAACCAGCAGAAAACAGUGUGUGCCUCAAUUUUGCUCCGGAAAGAUUACGACACAAGCCUUUCCAAAUUCGACAACGGCAUUUAUGGAACAGUUUAUUUUCGAAAAGUUCCUGAUUCUUCAAAUACGAUAAUCUACACAGACUUGUUUUUUGAUCAAGCAGCCUCGGUGGAAUAUAAAUGGAUGGUAUACCAAGGACCAGAAGGUGAUUGCAAGUCUGCAACAACGUUGUUCAAUCCAACUAGUUCAGACGGUACAGGCUGUUCAUCAACUGCCCAAACUAAUUGUCCAAUCGGAGAACUAACUCAGAAACUGGGGAACGUUCCAGUUGGGAUCAAUGUUGGUACCACCAAGAGGCGUUUUGUCGACUCCAAUCUACCACUGACUGGAACUAACAAUGGAAUUUCUGGUAACAUUUUGGUACUGCUGAAAGAUAACGGAGAUGUUGCUCACUGUGCUUCUAUCAUGAAAGUCCAAAAGAAAUAUGCAACGGCUUACAUUAGCCGGCAAGGUGUAAAAGGACACAUGAAUUUUAGACAAAACUCGCCCUUUGAUUACACAAAUGUUGAAAUAAGUCUGAGUGGACUUGGCAAUCUAGCUAAUGGAUACCAUGUUCAUAAGUUUCCAGUUCCACAAAGAUCAACCACAGAGCAAGAGGUCUGUGGAAAUGAGUAUGUUUCGGGUCAUUACAAUCCUUUUGGUGUAACUAAUUCUCCAGUUGGUGGAACGAAUGACCAAUACGAGGUAGGUGAUCUGAGUGGUAAAUACGGCGGAUUAGCCGGUAAUGAUGAUUAUAAUUUAACUACCAUUGACUGGAAUCUACAACUAUUUGGCCCAAGAAGCAUCAUCCAAAGAUCUAUUGUAAUACAUAAGAAUGAUGGAUCAAGAUGGAUUUGUGCGAAUAUAAAAAUAUGUCCAGUUCGAACGGCCAUGGCUCGUAUAACCUUCCCAUUUAUAGGUCACGUUAUCUUUAUGCAAGAUAAAGUACUGGAUGGAAGUGAUACGUCAAUUUUUGUCGGACUAAAUUCUGCCGAUGGAACUGUAACCUCAUCAAAAUAUGAUUGGCAAAUUCAUGAAAAUAUGGUCGGAGAAGACAAGUUGCAAAGUGAUGUUACCCAGAGAUGCAUGUCGGCUGGAAAUGUAUACCACUCAUACACAGGCGAAGCCAGUAGCCUUCAAUGCUCCGCUUCAAAUCAGAUAGGAUGCAAAAACGGAGACAUGACAAAGAAACACGGGCAAGUGACCGUGAGAGCGUCUGAUAACACGGAAGCAGAGCAUCUCUUUACAGACUCCAAUAUUGCACUCUCAGGUCCGAACAACUUAGUUGGUAAAUCAGUUGUUCUGCUCGAUGGUACCACAAGAAUAGCAUGUGCUAAUAUCUACGAGAUAAGAGAACGCGUAGCUGUCGUGAAUUCCUGGUCUACGGAUGUCACUGGUUCUAUUUCAUUUUCUCAAAGUAAAGGAGUUACUGAAGCUGACACCGAGAUCGAUAGAAAUGUAAAAAAUCUCAAUGAUAUUGUCGGCCCAUACCAUGUCCACGAAUUUGCAAUUCCGGAAAACGCUGACAAUAAAUGUUCAGGGGCGUCAGUAGCUGGUCAUUUCAAUCCUUUUGGAAUUACUAAUGCUCUUGCAAAUGGAACACAUGAUCAAUAUGAACAAGGUGACUUAAGUGGGAAAUUUGGAAAUCUGUUGGGAGAGGAGGAUAGAUCUUGGAGUAUUGACACGAACUUUGACGUAUUUGGCAUCAAUAGUGUUAUCGGGCGAUCGGUUGUGAUGCAUAAAGCAGUUGACGGUGCCAGGUACUCGUGUGGUAAUAUUAUAGAAGAUGUAACUGUAACAGGCGGAAGUCUGUUUCAAGCCAAAGCUACUUUUGAUUCCAUUCUAAAUGGUUAUGUAAUGUUGAGUCAAUAUCGAUAUCCCGAUGGAAGUAUGAGUGAUACUAGUGUAGAAAUUCAGUUGAAAUAUGCAGAUGGGUCGGCAGGGACAAAUGACCAUAAUUGGCACGUUCAUAAGUACAGUAUACAAGGUGAUGAUCAGGCUGUUACAGGAAGAUGUUCUAGUGCUGGUGGUCAUUAUAAUCCAUUUCGUGUGAAUCUUGAGUCCGGUUAUGAUGAAUGUGGUCGAACAAAUCCCUUGCGAUGUGAAGUUGGUGACCAAAGCAAGAAAUUAGGAACUUAUAAUAUUGGCCAGAGAAAGUUUUCCACUGAUGUUUAUUUACCAUUGAAUGGACCUCAAUCUGUUGUUGGUAGAAGUAUUGUGUUCCAUGCUAAAAGCAAAGGUGCUCCAAGAUUGGCAUGUGCUAACAUAUUACCUGUACAAAACCUAGAACCAUAUAUAAUAACCAUAAACAAUCCGAAUACUAUAGAUAGACCUGCCUUAGCGGCAACUAUUGCAAAAGAAAUUUCAGCACGAAAUUGGGAAGUUAUCGUUCUCGAAAAGUCUGCUGAUACAGUGAAUUGUUUGGAUUUACAAGUAUAUUUCAUAGGACCUAAUGCUCAAAGUUUAAGAGAACGAGCUGUUACUAAAAGUAAUGAAGGUGGUUAUGCUAAUUCAUUAGACUUGUGUUCAGGUUGUUCGGGUGUUUCUGCUCUACGUUAUAUUGUGGUGGUGUUUACUGUGGUUUGCAUAUUAUUUUCAUAA